GAUUUUCGGGCAGCGCUGCGGCAGUGGCAGCAUUUUUACUCGUCGUCGCGUUUUUUAGGCUUUCGGGUUUGUUUUUUGUUUUGAAUUGUUGACACAUCUCUGGGGCGUUUCAUCGCUUUGGAUUGUAGCUUAGGAGUGCAAGCGGGAAUGAUAAUAAAUCAAAGCUAAUGUGCCGCGAAAUAAUAAUGAAAAGAAAACGAAACAAGCGCAGCGUGUGACUUUGCUAUUUGUUGUCGUUGCCAAGUGAUGCUGCAGCAACAACAACAACCAAAGCAGCAAGAGCAUCAAUAAAAAAGCCCGCAAAAAUUUCGCCGAACAUCAAACUUAUUGCAAAAGAACAACAACAAUUAAAUCUGAAUACGGUUGUUUCUUCUCCAUUAUUACUUCAUAACAGAGUGUCGCUCUCUCGCUCGCUCCGGAAAAGCUCCGCUUUCGGGUGGCUCUCCCGCUCAGAAAACUGCCAGCAUUUGUAACCGAGCCCCAGAAUGCAGUCCCAAGAGGUCGGACGCGGGGCAAAGACAACGCCGCUCUAAUUGUGCCCGGACCCCUUCGAGGAUUCGGAUACUGACCAGGACUAUGGCGUCUUUUGCAUGCAGUGAAGGGAGGAGCAGCGGCUAGUCCAAGAAUCACGCAGAAAGUAGCCAGAGCUUUCUGGUUCAUCAGUGGGUCAGUGGUCAGUGGCCCGUAAGCGACACUUCAAACCCAAACAUUUGCGAGGAUGAUGAGCGCCGGAGGAACCUACAUCUCCACCGCCAGCGUGGAGGUGCCACAAGCUCUGCAAGAUGGCGAGAAGUUCAUUCGAUGGGAUGAUGACUCGGGCACUGGAACACCGGUCACAAUGCGCGUCGACGCCAAGGGCUUCUUUCUCUACUGGGUCGACCAAAACAACGAGCUGGAUAUCCUGGAUAUAGCCACCAUUCGCGACGUUCGCACAGGACAGUACGCCAAGCGGCCAAAGGACAACAAGCUGCGCCAGAUUGUGACGCUGGGCCCCCAGGACACGCUGGAGGAGAAGACGGUGACCGUGUGCCACGGCUCGGAUUUCGUCAACAUGACGUUCGUUAACUUCUGCUGCACCCGCCGGGACAUAGCCCAGCUCUGGAGCGACGGACUCAUCAAGUUGGCCUACAGUUUGGCCCAGCUCAACGGCUCGGCGAUUAUGUUCCUGCAGAAGGCCCACACCAAACUGUGUCUCCAGGUGGACAAGAGCGGUCGCAUACCAGUGAAAAACAUCAUAAAACUUUUCGCCCAAAACAAGGAGGAUCGCAAACGUGUCGAGAAGGCGCUGGACGUGACCGGUUUGCCGUCGGGAAAGGUCGAUAGCAUACCGGUGUCCAAAUUUCAAUUCGAGGACUUUUACAAUUUGUACAAAUAUCUCACGCAGCGCUCGGAGGUGGAGCGCCUCUUCGACAGCAUCGUCGGCAACUCGAAGCGCAAGUGCAUGUCCAUCGCCCAACUGGUGGAGUUCCUGAACAAGACGCAGCGUGAUCCCCGCCUCAACGAGAUCCUCUAUCCCUACGCGAAUCCCGCCCGCGCCAAGGAGCUCAUCCAGCAGUAUGAGCCCAACAAGUUCAACGCGCAAAAGGGCCAACUCAGCCUGGAUGGCUUUUUGAGGUACUUAAUGGGCGACGACAAUCCCAUCAUGGCGCCCAGCAAGCUCGAUCUCUGCGAUGACAUGGACCAGCCGAUGUCGCACUACUUCAUCAACUCCUCGCACAACACCUACUUGACGGGCCACCAGCUGACCGGCAAGUCGUCCGUGGAGAUUUACAGGCAGUGCCUCCUGGCGGGAUGCAGAUGCGUCGAGCUUGACUUCUGGAACGGACGCACCGAGGAGCCGGUCAUUGUCCACGGCUACACGUUCGUGCCCGAGAUUUUCGCCAAGGACGUGCUGGAGGCCAUCGCAGAGAGUGCAUUUAAAACAUCCGAAUACCCUGUGAUAUUGAGCUUUGAGAAUCACUGCAACCCUAGGCAACAGGCGAAAAUUGCCAACUAUUGUCGCGAAAUAUUCGGCGAUAUGCUGCUCGACAAGCCGCUGGACUCGCAUCCGCUGGAACCGAACAUGGACUUGCCACCGCCGGCGAUGCUGCGCCGCAAGAUCAUCAUCAAGAACAAGAAGAAGCACCACCACCACCAUCACCAUCAUCACCACAAAAAGCCGGCGCAGGUGGGCACGCCGGCAGCCAACAACAAACUGACUACAGCGAACUCAGUGGAUGCCAAGGCGGCGCAACAAGUCGCUCUGGCGGCCGCGCAUGAGGAUGGGGGCGUGACCAGGAGCACCGCCAACGGGGACGUUGCCACGGGAACAGGAGCCGGAAGUGCUGCUGGGACAGCAGGACACGCACCGCCGUUGCAACAAAUCCGCCAAAGCUCCAAAGACAGCACUGGAUCCUCCGAUUCGGACAGCUCCUCGGAGGAUGAAUCCCUGCCCAACACCACGCCCAAUUUGCCCAGUGGCAACGAACCUCCGCCGGAAAAGGCUCAGAAGGAAACGGAGGCCGGAGCAGAGAUUUCAGCUUUGGUCAACUAUGUUCAGCCCAUCCACUUUAGCUCCUUUGAAAAUGCAGAAAAAAAGAAUCGCUGCUACGAAAUGUCUUCGUUCGAUGAGAAACAGGCAACAACACUGUUAAAGGAGCGACCGAUUGAGUUUGUGAACUACAACAAGCACCAGUUAUCUCGAGUCUAUCCGGCGGGAACUCGCUUCGAUAGCUCCAACUUUAUGCCGCAGUUGUUCUGGAAUGCCGGAUGUCAGCUCGUGGCACUCAACUUCCAGACCCUCGAUCUGGCCAUGCAACUCAACUUGGGGAUCUUCGAGUACAACGCUCGGUCCGGUUAUCUACUCAAGCCGGAGUUUAUGCGCCGCUCAGAUCGCAGACUGGAUCCCUUCGCCGAAAGCACUGUGGAUGGCAUCAUAGCUGGCACAGUAUCGAUCACGGUCUUAUCGGGUCAGUUUCUCACGGAUAAGAGGGCGAACACUUUUGUGGAAGUGGACAUGUACGGCUUGCCAGCGGACACUGUGAGAAAGAAGUUCCGCACCAAGACAGUCCGGGACAAUGGAAUGAAUCCAGUUUACGACGAGGAGCCGUUUGUGUUUAAGAAGGUGGUUCUGCCUGAGCUGGCGAGUAUUCGAAUUGCCGCAUAUGAGGAGGGUGGCAAACUCAUCGGUCACCGCGUUUUGCCCGUAAUCGGUCUCUGCCCUGGCUACCGACAUGUGAAUCUCCGAUCCGAAGUGGGUCAACCAAUAGCCCUGGCAUCCCUUUUCCUGUGCGUCGUGGUCAAGGAUUAUGUGCCCGACGAUCUCUCCAAUUUCGCAGAGGCGCUAGCCAACCCGAUUAAAUACCAAAGUGAGCUGGAGAAGCGCGAUAUUCAACUGUCUGUUCUGACUGACGAGGCCGAAGCGCUGGGCAAUGCGGACGAGGAUCUGUCCAAGUCGUUCGUUUUCGUCCAAGUAGGUGGCCAGAAAAAGGAGCUGCGUCCGGUUGAAUCGCUAGCGACUUCGCCCAAGCACAGGGCGAGUAUCUCGGCAGCUGCGGCAAUGAGUGUGGACAUUACCGUGGAUCGGACCGAUGGCGGAAGGGGAGAGGAUAGCGUCUCUAUCGUGGCACCCUCAAUUCAGCAUCAGCACUCCCUAGACCAGUCCGUAAGCACCUCCAUCCGUCAGGUGGAGUCCUCGCAGUUUGAUGUGGAUCUUGUAUUGGCGGAGCCGCUAGAAAAGAUCUUGGAUCACAAGUCCGUCAAGGAAAAGCGUCUCGAGAUGGAGAAGAAGCUGGAGUCGCUGCGAAAGAAGCAUGACAAGGAAAAGGUCAAGAUCGCGGGCCAGAAAUCCAGUCCGCUUGAGGGCAAGAAGCCGAAGUUUGCCAUCACGAAUAAGCUGGUGAAACGGCUAAGCAACAAGAGUCUUAAUUGUCUCUCUCCACACAGCGAGCCUGGCAUAGAGGUCCCCGCCUGCCCUCUGGAUCUAGGCGAUAGCAGCGAGGAGAGCGCAGCCGCGGACGCCGGUGAGGACUUAGCCGGUGGGAGCAGCAGCCUGGAUGGCAGAACUCAGGAGUCGCGACUGCGCAGUGCCUGCCGGGAGUACACGUCCCAGUACCGGGAGCUGCAGGAGAAGUACCACGAGGCUAUUUACACUGCUGCCGAGAAGGUGCUAAAGACAUCGCAAACUGGUCAAACAAAGCAGCUGAAGGCAUCGCUGGACAAGGUCACUGGAGAGGUGAUGCACCAGCUGCAGGAGGCGCGCCGCAACGAGGUCAAGACUCUGGCCACCGUGCACCGGGAUCGAGAUGAACUGAUCAGAAUGAAACGCGAGGUGGCAAGCUCCGUUGUGGAACGUGGCGUAGCUGAACGUGUGCGGCUGAAGCAGACCUUUGACCGGAGAACGGAUGAACUCCAGAAGCAGCACGACUCAGUGCGCAAUUCCCUGGCAGAACACCGCUCCAAGGCUCGUCAGAUUCUCGACAAGGAGGCCGAGUCGCGAAGCUGUGUUUCCAGCAGUGGCUUCUUGGUGCUCUUCCAUGGACCGCAUCACCACGGCUGCUCGGGCUCCGGUUCGUCAGCCCUCUCAGGCAAUAAUCUCACUCUAAAUCUGGACGCGGGUGCUGCCGGUAGUCAUUCGGCCAUUUCGCCGGCAAGGUCGCACAACAGCAUCGCCGCAACGGCCGAGAUGAAGACGUAAAUGGGCCACGCCCGUGAAGGUUUUUUUCCCCGCCCAAGUUAUCCCUAGGAUUAAUUGUGGUUCAACAGUUGUUAGUCUUCAGUAUUUACAGCAGAAACAUAGAAAUGAAAAGUCUUCGUAGAAUAUAAGCAGUGGAGGAGUAGACCCUAUCCUCCCACACCUAUUUCAUGGGAACUGACCUCGAUUAGACCUUAGGACCCUUGAGCCUAGGCAUUGUAAAUCCCACUGCUAAGGGGAAUCCAAGCAAAACGCGUUUUCUAACUGAACAAACUAGAUGUAAAUCUAUUGCAUGUAUGAUGUACUUGUAGUGUAACUGUCGACGUAUCCGUACUUUACAGUACUCUAUCUGUAUACUGUGACGGUGUAUUUCUUUGGUGUUAAUGGAGGUCGAGCCAUCACACCCCCGUCAAACCGUACGGUUUCUUCCUAUUCGAACUUCGCUGAAACUCUGAGUGUCUAAUUAAGCAAGCAAAUGUAACAGAAGCAGAAAAUAAGUAUAAUUUAUUUGUCUAUACGAAGGAGACCGAGUGCUCCAUUUAUCUAAUGCUAAUUGUGGUUGUGUGUACUUUACAUCAGUUUUAAUCGAUAUAAUUUAUACAAUUAGUUUAAGGCUCUCACACAAACUGUGGAUUGAAUCUCGUGCGCACACAAGGCGGAUGCUAAAGCGGAUGCCGGAGCACAAGUCUAGGCCAACAAUUAGUCAUUUAUAUUCGGUUGGUUGCUAUUUAUUCUUGAUUUAGUCACUAUUCUAAUGUUAACCUAGUCGUUACAAAGCUCCAAUAAAAUUCUAUACGGAUUGUUUUUCCCACUUA